UCUCUUCUCGUUCUUGAUUGCUGCGAUCCUUCGUAACGCCCCUUAGACAUUAAUAGACAUUCGAUAAGAGAGAUGGAGGGUACUGUUGCAUUGGAGAGGAAGUCGUCCAUCGAGCUCGAGCCUCGGACGCUCUCGUUCGGGGAGUUCCAGCUCGCCAGGGAUUCGGCACUUUAUAUAUUUAAGAAUAAUUCGUUGGAAGAGGCAAUAAAGAUCUUCACAGAGGGUCUGCAAUCAGUGCCGAAAGUUGGUGAUGACGGCCGUCUCCAUGGUAUUGAUGACGUCGAUAGCGUUGAGGAGGAAAGCGAAGAAGAUGAUUAUUGCUUUCGGCGUUGGAUGGGCCAUGGCCAGCUGCUUGGGAGAGAGAUAGCUACUGCUCCCUUCUAAUUAAUUGUGCACGCAAUUUUUUUUUUUUUUUUUUUUUGUCAUUUCUUUUUUUUUUUUUAUUUCUUCUUAGGUCUUUCAUUUGUACGCUUAGUAAAUUUUGACCGACAUGAUCAAUCGAGAAGGAUCUAUUUAAUCAACAUCAAUAGAUCAAGCAUGCUGCUAAAAUGGAUGAGUCAUAUAUACAAAUUAGUUAAGACAGAAGAUCAACUAGACAUGUGAGAUAUGCUAUUCUAGUUGGUGGGUACUUGUGGGUCAAGUGCAUUAGGUGGGUCAUGC